UAUGAAAGUGAAUUGGAUUCAAGUAAUGUUCUGAAAACUUUGGAAAAUAAUGCUUAUGACACUGUUAACAAUUUAUAUAAUAAAAAUGAAAUUGAAGAGAAUAAUCGGGAAGAAAGAAAACUGGGUAUUUAUUAUUUCAUUGUGCCAGUAAAUGGAGAAGAAUCUGAAACACUUCAAAUUCUCAUUUCUACAUCAUAUCCAAUAUCUAACUUGUCAGAAAUUAGUCAGGUUGUUAAAGCUGUUAUAAUUGCUCAAUCAAACCAAACAAAUACACAAAUUGCAGUUAAGAGUUGUGAUGAGUAUACUAUUGAUUUAGCAAUUCCAACAAAACUUGGAGUGAUAAAGUUAUUACCAGUUCAAGAAUUAUUAACUUGUUAG